AUUUCGGGUCGUCCCUCUUCGAUUUCCCGUAGCUGGCUUUUUUUCCUCGAUCUCUCCUUUCUUCCUUGCUGUUCAGAUGAGCUCCCACCUUUGGAAGUUAAUUUAAGUAUCAGGAGAAAAAGCAUAGGAUCCAUGGAGUGGGCGACGGUGCAGCAUCUGGAUCUGCGCCAUGUUGGCCGAGGUCAAAAGCCGCUGCAGCCUCACGCGGCCGCAUUUCAUCCAAGUCAGGCACUCAUUGCCGCGGCCAUAGGAAACUACAUCAUAGAAUUUGAUGCACUUACUGGAAGCAAGGUGUCUUCCAUUGACAUUGGUGCUCCUGUUGUCCGUAUGUCUUAUAGUCCUACAAGUAGUCAUGCUGUGGUUGCUAUUCUUGAGGACUGUACAAUUCGGUCCUGUGAUUUUGACACUGAGCAAACAUUUGUGCUGCAUUCACCUGAAAAGAGGAUGGAACAAAUUUCUCCUGAUACAGAAGUUCAUCUUGCUUUGACACCUCUCCAACCUGUUGUGUUCUUUGGUUUCCACCGAAGGAUGAGUGUAACAGUUGUUGGAACUGUUGAAGGGGGGAGAGCACCAACAAAAAUAAAGACAGAUCUGAAGAAACCUGUUGUCAAUCUUGCUUGCCACCCCCGCCUUCCUGUCCUGUAUGUAGCUUAUGCAGAUGGUUGGAUUCGAGCUUACAACAUUCAAACAUAUGCUGUUCAUUAUACACUACAACUUGAUAAUACCAUUAAGCUCAUUGGUGCUGGUGCCUUUGCUUUUCAUCCAACUUUGGAGUGGAUUUUUGUUGGUGAUAGACGGGGUACGCUACUUGCAUGGGAUGUAUCAACUGAAAGACCCACUAUGAUAGGAAUUACACAAGUUGGCUCUCAACCAAUAACAUCAGUUGCUUGGCUCCCAGUGCUGCGGUUACUUGUCACUCUUUCCAAGGAUGGAACUCUUCAAGUGUGGAAAACACGAGUGAUGCUUAAUCCAAAUAGACCUCCUAUGCAAGCAAAUUUCUUUGAGCCUGCUGCAAUUGAAUCAAUAGACAUCCCUCGCAUUUUAUCUCAGCAAGGUGGAGAGGCAGUUUAUCCCUUGCCACGAAUUAGAACUAUAGAAGUUCAUUCAAAAUUGAAUUUAGCAGUGUUACUGUUUGCAAAUAUGACUGGCGGAGAUAAUUUGAAAAAUAGAGCUGCAUACACAAGGGAAGGAAGGAAACAACUUUUUGCUGUUCUGCAAGGUGCAAGGGGAUCAUCAGCAUCUAUUUUAAAGGAAAAACUUUCAUCCUUGGGUUCAUCUGGAAUUUUAGCUGACCAUCAACUUCAGGCGCAAUUGCAAGAACAUCAUUUGAAAGGCCAUAGUCAGCUUACAAUCUCAGAUAUUGCACGGAAAGCAUUUCUAUACAGCCAUUUCAUGGAGGGCCAUGCCAAAAGUGCUCCAAUAUCUCGGUUGCCUCUCAUUACUGUUUUAGAUACUAAACAUCAUUUGAAGGACAUUCCUGUUUGCCUGCCAUUUCAUUUGGAGCUAAAUUUCUUCAAUAGAGAGAAUCGUGUUCUUCAUUAUCCAGUCAGGGCCUUUUAUGUGGAUGGUGUUAACCUUAUGGCAUAUAAUCUCUGUUCUGGAGUGGAUACUGUAUACAAGAAGCUUUACACCUCGAUUCCUGGAAACGUUGAAUACCAUCCAAAGUACAUAAUUUAUAGUAAAAAGCAGCACCUAUUUCUUGUUGUUUAUGAAUUCAGUGGUGUGACAAAUGAAGUGGUUCUUUAUUGGGAGAAUACUGAUUUGCACACAGCUAACAGUAAAGGAAGCACAAUUAAAGGUCGGGAUGCAGCAUUCAUUGGUCCUAAUGAAAAUCAGUUUGCAAUACUUGAUGAUGAUAAGACUGGACUUGCUUUGUAUACUCUGCCGGGAAUGGCUUCACAAGAAAUUGAUGAAAAGAAUGAACCAGUUGAACAAAAUCAAUCAGCAGAUACUAAAGUUGGUUCAAUUCGGGGUCCAAUGCAGUUUAUGUUUGAAACUGAAGUUGAUCGUAUCUUUUCUACUCCACUAGAGUCAACUAUGAUGUUUGCUUCUCAUGGGGAUCAGAUUGGCCUGGCAAAGCUAGUCCAAGUAUACCGUCUUUCAACUGCUGACGGUCAUUACAUAUCUACAAAAGCUGAAGGGAAAAAGUCAAUCAAGUUAAAAGUGAAUGAAAUUGUACUUCAGGUUCACUGGCAAGAAACUCUUAGAGGCUAUGUUGCUGGAAUAUUAACUACCCAAAGGGUGCUAAUUGUUUCUGCCGAUCUAGAUGUACUGGCUAGCAGUUCUAUGAAAUUUGAUAAAGGGCUGCCUUCAUAUAGAUCACUGUUGUGGGUUGGGCCUACACUUCUUUUCUCCACUGCUACAGCAAUCAGCGUCCUUGGCUGGGAUGGAAAAGUGAGGACCCUUCUCUCUGUUAGUAUGCCCUGUGCAGUUUUAGUUGGUGCUUUGAAUGAUCGAUUGUUGCUCGCAAACCCAACAGAAAUAAACCCCAGACAAAAAAAGGGGUUCGAGAUAAAGAGCUGCCUUGUCGGGCUUCUUGAACCUCUUCUUAUUGGUUUUGCCACAAUGCAACAAAAUUUUGAGCAGAAGCUUGACCUGUCAGAAAUAUUGUACCAAAUAACAUCAAGGUUUGAUAGCUUGCGUAUUACUCCGAGGUCUCUUGAUAUUCUUGCUAGAGGCCCUCCUGUUUGUGGAGAUCUAGCUGUGUCAUUAUCCCAAGCAAGUCCACAGUUCACUCAGGUAUUGCGGGGUAGCUAUGCAAUCAAAGCUCUCCGUUUUUCUACUGCUUUGUCUGUUUUGAAGGAUGAAUUCCUACGUUCUAGGGAUUAUCCACAAUGUCCUCCAACCUCUCAUUUGUUCCACCGGUUUCGCCAGCUGGGUUAUGCCUGUAUCAGGUAUGGCCAGUUUGACAGUGCAAAAGAAACUUUCGAAGUCAUAGCAGACAUUGAAAGCAUGCUUGACCUAUUUAUAUGCCAUCUCAACCCCAGUGCCAUGCGGCGUCUUGCACAGAAACUGGAAGAAGAGGGCACUGAUUCAGAAUUGAGGCGAUACUGUGAAAGGAUUCUACGAGUCCGAUCCACUGGAUGGACCCAAGGCAUUUUUGCAAACUUUGCUGCUGAAAGUGUGAUUCCCAAAGGACCUGAAUGGGGGGGUGGGAACUGGGAAAUCAAAACUCCCACCAACAUGAAAGCUAUACCUCAGUGGGAGCUGGCUGCAGAGGUGAUGCCAUACAUGAAAACAGAUGAUGGUUCCAUCCCGUCCAUUAUUGCAGACCAUAUUGGUGUCUACCUGGGGUCAAUUAAAGGAAGAGGCAACAUUGUAGAAGUAAGGGAAGAUAGCUUGGUCAAACCUUUUACACCUGCAGGUGGUAACAUCAAGGAAAAUGGACUUCACACAUCUCUAGCAAAAUCUAUGUCUAAUAAGUCAAAGGAAGUGCAAGCUGGUGAUUCCCUGAUGGGUCUGGAAACCCUUACCCAACAAGUUUCUGGUUCUACUUCUGCUGAUGAACAGGCAAAGGCCGCAGAAGAAUUCAAGAAAUCAUUAUAUGGUGCUUCUGCUGAUGGUAGCAGCAGUGAUGAGGAGGGAGUAUCAAAACCUAAAAAGUUACAAAUUAGAAUACGUGAUAAGCCAGUUACUUCUGCUGCUUUAGAUGUUAAUAAAAUCAAAGAAGCCACAAAGCAGUUUAAACUUGGUGAAGGUUUCGGACCACCCAUGAGUAGAACCAAGUCAUUACCUGGUGGACCCCAGGAUAUCGGCAUGAUUUUGUCCCAGCCUACUCCUCCAACCACUGGAACUGUGACAGCUCCAACAUCAUCUGCCCCUGUUGAUCCUUUUGGCACUGAAACACUAGUGCAACCUGCACCAUUGUCACAACCAGGUCCCAUGCUUACAGGUAUGGGAGUUGUGUCUGGACCCAUCCCAGAGGACUUCUUCCAUAAUACAAUUCCAUCUCUUCAGGUUGCAGCUUCACUGCGUCCUCCUGGGAGUUAUCUUGCACAAUAUCAGGGGAUUGAAGGCAACAAGGUUACACCUAACCAGGUUAAUGCACCUGUAGCUGAUGUUGGUCUUCCUGAUGGUGGUGUCCCACCACAAGCCACUCAACAACCUGUUAUUCCUCUGGAAUCCUUUGGACUGCCAGAUGGUGGUGUCCCACCACAAGCCAUGGGUCAGGCUGCUGGCCUGGCACAACCCAUGGGUCAGGCUACUGUCCUGGCUCAAUCCAUGGGUCAGGCUGCUGUCCUACCACAGUCUGCAAGUCAGGCUGCUCAGAUGCCAAUCUCCACACAGCCUCUUGAUCUCAGUGCACUUGGAGUUCCAGGUUCUACAAAUUCAGGCAAUCCUCCUGCACGUCCUGCUUCUCCACCAGCAUCUGUACGUUCCGGACAAGUUCCACGUGGAGCUGCUGCAUCAGUCUGUUUUAAGAUCGGAAUUGCUCACCUUGAGCAGAACCAACUUUCUGAUGCAUUAUCCUGUUUUGAUGAAGCUUUUCUGGCACUGGCCAAGGAUCAAUCUCGUGGAGCAGACAUUAAAGCUCAGGCCACCAUCUCUGCUCAAUAUAAGAUUGCGGUAACUCUUCUUCAGGAAAUUGGACGGUUGCAGAAAGUCCAAGGCCCUAGUGCAAUCAGUGCAAAAGAUGAGAUGGCAAGACUGUCACGUCAUCUGGGUUCAUUGCCUCUUCUGGCAAAACAUCGCAUAAACUGCAUUCGAACUGCCAUUAAAAGAAACAUGGAGGUGCAGAAUUAUGCAUACUCAAAGCAGAUGCUUGUUCUCCUCCUCUCCAAAGCACCUCCAAAUAAGCAAGAUGAAUUGAGAAGCCUGGUUGAAAUGUGUGAUCAGAGAGGUUUAUCCAAUAAAUCCAUUGAUCCUUUGGAAGAUCCUUCCCAGUUCUGUGCUGCCACACUAAGCCGUUUGUCCACCAUUGGAUAUGAUGUUUGUGAUCUAUGUGGAGCCAAAUUCUCAGCUCUCACAACUCCAGGAUGUAUUAUCUGUGGUAUGGGAAGCAUUAAAAGAUCAGAUGCGCUUGCAGGACCUGUCCCUUCACCUUUUGGCUAACAUCAAAAUUGGGACAACUUUCCUCUUGGCUAAUCCACCAGGGAAUUUUGCCCCUCCUGUCGUAGGGGGCCCUCUUCUCCACGGGUCCUACCCCAAAAUGAAAAUCUCUCCAAGGGGUUAAAAUAGCAGCUACCAGGUGUAUAUUAUAAUGAUUAUGUUUUGCGGGAAAACAGGUAUAUACGUGUUACUUUGUAUUCGAGGCUUUUGGCUCUUUUUUUUUUGUGUUGUAAAUUUCUUUGUGAACCUCAUUUUUUUUCUUGCAAUAUACUUCAUUGUUUUGGCUUGGCAGUUCUUGUCGUUACUAUUUUUCACCUGAUUUCAGUAU